AUUUAUAAAUAAUAAACCAACUACUGACAAAAAAAAAAACAAGUUAAUUUUACUUAAUAUAAUUAUGUUAUGUAUGUAUGUCCGGCGAUUAGACGAUCAAUAAUUAGGACUUGGGCCGCAAUGUAUUAAGCGGAGUAAGUUGUACAGUACUAUUAGUAAUAUGAUCAGUAUGAUUAGCGCAAAACCUAAACCACGGUGUCUUAGGACCAAUAAAAAUGUUUAUGCCUACUACCCUAAGCCCAAAAGUUUUGGGAAAAUCCAAUUUGAUGGUCAACGUGGACAAAAUCGAAGUCAAUCGUAUCACGUAGGCCUAAUGUAGUCAUGGAUUUUGACAAAAGUGAUCAUCGGGUGGGCGAGAGAACUUGGGGAAGAAAGUUCAUAAUUGAUAUAGCUUUAAGCCUUAAGGCUCCUCAUGAUUACUUACACUUUUCAAUGUCAUUAUUAUUAAUUUCAGGUGCAGGAGUAUGCAUAUGUUUUCAGACGAUGGUAAUAUUUGUGAAUUUGAACUUUAAAAGAUCUACAAGUAUUGGCAAUGGGGUACUAUUCGCAGCGAUAGGUCUGGGAAUUAUGGUAGUUCCACUCAUAUGUUCAAUAUUGAAAGCAAGGUACGGAUGGCGAGGUGCAUUGCUGAUUAUGGGCGGAGUUUCUCUACACAGCGUAGUUAUAGCUACGAUGAUAUUUCGGAAAGACUUUUACCCCACUUCAGAGGAAAUUGAUCAGAAAAAUGAUGCAAAAUCCUCAAAAGACGUUAUUGAAUCUGAUAAAAAAGCCGAAGAUAAAGACACAAUUUACAACAACUUGUUACUUUUCAGAACAUAUCCUCGUUUGAUCGUCAUGUCGUCAGCUAUUUGUUUCAUUUGUUUAGGUUACUCUGGAUUUUAUGUGCACAUGAUUGCCAGCGCAAUAUACAAAGGUGUAUCUGACUUUCAGGCGUCGAUCAUUUUCGGCGCUUUCGGAAUUGGUAAUCUUUUCGGGCGAGUAGCAAAUGCUAUUCCGUUAUAUUUUGGAUGGAUUUCUGAGUACAACCUGUUUAUCGCAUGCAUGUUUGUUGUAACUUUCUCAAUGUCGAUGGUAGCCGUGUCCGAAUCUUUCGCAGCUCUACUGACAUUUUCUUUAUUAACUGGGCUAUUGUUCGGUGUCUACACCCCACAAGUUCCGGCUAUUGUAAAGGAAUUUGUGCCAACACGUGUGUUUGCCCGUGCCUACGGAAUCACCAUCGUUCCCUCAGGAUUCACCGCCAUAUUUGGUGGUUAUAUUGUAGGUAAGAUGGUUUUUUUUUCUCAGUUUGAAAUGGCAGUUAAUUUUUAUUUCUAUUUUUUUAUUUGCAAUAAUAUAUACACAACAUAUACAAGCUACAUUGAAAGCAAUAAAAAGGAAACAAACAUACAGUAUGUUAUUAUUGUCAUUACUCUUUAAAUAAUACAUUUUGUUUUCUUACUUCCCUUCUUCUCUUUCUCUGUUCUCUCUUUUUUUUUUUUUUGAUAACUGAAAGCAAAUAACCCAUUUAAAUAUACAAGGAUUAACAUUUUGAAUUAACAUUUUUGUAAUUAUUACCUUUUAAAAAUGUAUGAAUGACACAUAACAUAUUAAAAUAAACAUUCGAAACAUUAAUAAAAAGUAAGGUACCAGUGAAACUUCAUUCGGAUCAUUUUUAUUUCAUUGUUAGAAUACGCUAUCUUUAAUUUAUGUAUUUAUA